GUGGUUCACCGUGAGAUGCUGUACAGUGGGUCUGGCCUGAUUAGGCAGCUCAAUUAGCCCUGAUAUUGCACUAAAAUUUCUCCCAUAAUGUCCUGAAGAAGCAGAGCAGGCAGGCCAGGAGAACCAUUGAAUAUUUUAUGUGCAGACUCUCCACGGGGAACCCAGAUGUGCAUUUGUAGGUGGAGUGGCAACAGACCAACUACUUCAAUGCCCAGAAGAGCUGUCAGUGCCAGGCUGGUGCUGUGAUCCGUGUCCCUUCCUGUUACUGUGCUCAGGGGGACUGGCAGGGCCUGCUGAGUUCCUUGGAAAUGAAUUGUUCCAUGGCAGUAAUUGACAGAUCACUUCCUGGUACGACAGCGGCUGAAUGUGCAUCAAACUUGAAGAAGAUUUAUACAGUACAAACAGUGCAGGAUUUCUGGAGUGUCUACAACAACAUUCCUCCUGUGACAAAUUUGCCUCUGAGAUGUAGUUACCACUUAAUGCGGGGAGAAAGACGCCCACUCUGGGAAGAAGAAAGCAAUGCCAAAGGAGGUAUAUGGAAAAUGAAGGUCCCUAAAGAAAGUACGGCUGCAGUUUGGAAAGAGCUACUGCUGGCGACUAUUGGAGAGCAGUUUACAGAUUGUUGUGCAGCAGAAGAUGAAGUAAUAGGGGUGAGUGUCAGCGUUCGGGACCGUGAAGAUGUUGUGCAAGUCUGGAACGUGAAUGCCUCUUCAGCAAGUGAAGCAAAAGUUCUAGAGAAGAUUCACAAACUUCUGCCACACACAUCUUUUAAGGCAGUCUUCUAUAAACGUGGUCUGGACAAGGAGGAGAAUGGUGGAAGCCCUGCAAAAGUGCUACAUGCAGUUGGUCCUUUUGAGUUUCUGACAUUUCAAACUGGGCUAUUGCUGUUGAAAAUGAAGAAAAACAGUUGCCUUGACCGCUAAAUGUGCAAUUCAUCACUUCAUGUUGAGUUGACGUUUUUAAUUCUUCAUUGUUUCUUUUAAAAGAUAUUUUGGCCACUUGUUUAUUUCAACCUGAUUCUAUAUUCCCAUUUCAUUCAGAUAGCAGGCUUUCUUUCCUUCUGCACUGCACUUAGUGAAAAGCAAACAUGCACAGAGAUGCUGCGCUGCUUCUCUGACAUGUGCUCUGCAUAGAGGAAUGCUGGCUUGGGGAAAUGUGUUUUCAAUUUUCACUUUGAGACAUUCCUAUCAUGUUAAGAUUUACUCACUGAGCUUGUCCCAAGAGAGAAAGAAAUUGCACUGCAUUUAUUCUAAUAUUCUAAUAUUCAGUGUAAUCUGGUUGUGCACUGACAACAGCACACAUACAGUAAAUGUAAAUAGAAAAGGGUUCAUUAAAUUAUAUUCAUUAUAUUGGGACUAACCCUGUGUGGGAUGAUGUUAAUGUCUUUUGAUUGUAUUGAUUUCAGAAGAACCCUCGUUCAGGCUAGAAUGAGAAAUUUUUUGGUAGGAAAACCUGCAAACUCCACCCCAUCUUAUUUAAGAAGCAAUGGGGUGUUUAUGUUUUUAUAUUGUAUGCUUUCUUAUGGUACAUUUCUGUACAUUCAUGAAAAAGUGUAAUGAAUAAUUUCUAAUGUGUUUAACAAACUGGAUCCAUCCCUCCCACUUCCAGAAGUACUUCAGGUCCCUGUCUGCACCCACUAGGUCAGUGUCAGAAUUGCUGCUGACUUCAGUGCUAAGGAAGAGGUUCCCUCAUCUGUAGUCUCAAGCCAUGAAAACUUCCUAAGUGACCUUUUUAAAACAAACAAAAAAUACAGAAAAGUAAUAGAUUGUGUUGCAGCAGGAAUAGAAAUAUAAACAGUGUUAACCUUUAAGUGUUUGUCUAUUUUAACUAUUUGAGGUGCUUUAAUAUACUACCAAAGAUUGAUUUAGUUCCCCUUAUGAGAAGAAGCUGCAAGGUAGAGAUGACUGUGCCACUUAGCACUCCUUCCUCGUUUAGAGGUUUUUGUUUGGCAGCUGUUCAAGUUGCACUAAUUUCCACAUACUAAGGAGACAACAAUAAAAAUCAAAUAAAUUUAAAAAUAAGUAUC